AUGCGGUUCUUGUCCAACUUGGCCCGGCUACUCCCACGACCCUCUGCGUCCGCCGACGAACCUGCUGCUUCUGCCUCUGCCUCUGACACACAACAUUCCCCCGCUGCUCAUGGUGAUGACAAGGUCGAGGAGCCGGCGAGGGAGCCUGGUUUGAGAAACAACAGGAAACGUCCGCGUCGUGGUGGUGGUAUCGUGGUAGUGGACGAUCACGAUCAGUCGCCAACGGCGUCGACUUCAAUGAGACCCUUGUACGCGCCCGCAGAGCUCCAUUUUGCCUCGAAUUGUCUUUGUUCUAACUAUCCCAUGCACAGCAGCAGUACGACCGCUCUCAGUCCACUUCAGGAUAUGCGGCGACCGGCAGACACCUCAGACGAGCGCAGGUUGUUUCCAAGUUAUGGUAAAGCAGAUAAUGGGGUUCGUAUCACACCGGGACAGACAUUUGGUACAGGAAAAUCCAGCGUUCAGAAACAUGCAUUCCGUCCCGUUGACCGAAUAUCACGAAGUGGGUUUAAAGAUAGCGGUCCUGUGCGUGCUUCGGGAGCACCACACAUAAGACCUGGUCAACGGUCUUCGCCAGUGUCCCAGCAUCCUCUUAGCUCGCCCACUUUACGCGACAACGAAGAUAGGAUUGUGAAACGCCGACGCCAUUCGUCUAACCAGAUCAUUAAUUUGGUGGAUGACGACCUGCCGACAACUCCAUUUUUUGUGCGCGAUGAGAGCUCACGCCCCGUUCGGUCUCCUUCGGUCGUUAGCGUAGAGCAUAUCGGGACAAGAAACGAAGCAAGCCGUGAUAAUGACGGAGUCCGCGUGCGAGACAGGGAGCCGGUGAAGACGUCUAUUUCGAGGUUAAAUGGGAAUUCUGGGGGGAAUCAGAAUGGUCUCCGCAGUCCCGAUUCAGCCGUGGGUGAAAAACGACUUGGAAGUCCUUUAUACGAUGACAGGGACACCAAGUCCAUUCGAUCCUACAGAGAUAGAGACGUUAUCAACUCAACCGUGGAAGAUGGAGAGUCACCGUUUCUAGCCGACACUGCAAACCGAACUCGCGAAGGAACUCGCUCUGCAAGCCACCACAGCCGCCGUGAUUCAAAUGCGAGUGAAAGCCCGGAUGAGUUGCAGAGAGAUUUUGCACUUCCUAGUGGCCCAGUUUUUCGUGCCAUCCACGGAGAACAUGUCCCAUCGAAUCAUCUCCGCGAAGAAGUCACCAGACGACAAAAUCGAAAGGAUUCUCCCAGUGACAUCCAACCCACAAUAUUUCGUUUGUCGCGAAAAGCACAAACAGAUCAGGAGAUGGGCAAAGGUCCCGCAAGAUCCCAUCUACAUCUUUUUGACGUGAGGUUUUUUCGUCAUGGCGAUGUAGAACUUGUUGAUCAGGACAUGCAGCUUUCCCUCGAUGAAGAAAGCGAUACCAUUGGUCUGCUCUCUACAAAGGAUUCCGUCUCCGCUGAACGGAUUCCAGUGCACCGAGUGGCUUCGAUAUGCAAGGGAUCCGAGGACAGUUUAAAGGCUCGUUUUAGACUAUGUAAAACUGAAGGCUCUCUGAUCCAAUUCGUGGAUAUAGAAUUUGGAAAUGACCAGGACAAAACCCGACUAUGUGAGCUCCUAGAAAAGAGGGGGGUCACCAGUCAAAGCAAGGGGGGGUCCUGGAUGGACAAAGCCUUUAACAGGGUCACCAAAAGUACACGACCACGUAUGGCACCAAUACGUGCCAAAGAGCCUACUACAGAAACCGUAGUAGAGCUCACCCCUGAACUUAGCAAGGAGUCAGAAGAAGAACCUGUCAAACGACAAAAACUCUCGGCGUCUUUGCAAGAUGAAAAUAACACUCAGUCGGGGUUGAAGCUACCCCCACGUCGCUUGCCUCUACAAAUCCAGUCUCAAAUUUCGCCCUCGUGGGUUGGAGCUCGCAGUCGCCCUGCGGAGGAAGAAAAUCAAGCUGUCGACAUCCCUGUGAAGACGUCGAAUAGAUUCCUUGGGAAACGAGAAACACGGUCAAAAGCGCGACAGAGCCUUGUGGACUUGAUUGAUGACGACCUAGGCUCUGCGAUCGAUGACGGACCUUUCUCUCCGACCAAACUAUCCAAAACCCUUGUGUAUCCACCUGAGGGUAGAAAGAAGGCCGAAGUCGAUAGUUCUGAUAUAGAACGUCUACGACCUGGGGAGUUUCUCAACGACAACCUCAUCGGGUUCUAUCUGCGCUUCCUUGAACAUCACCUUGAACGGAACAAACCUGAUGUCGCUAAGCGGGUAUACUUCUUUAAUUCGUACUUUUUUGAUACACUUACAAGCCCAGCGAAAGGGAAAAAGGGUAUAAAUUACGGAGGUGUUCAGAAGUGGACGAGAAACGUGGAUCUCUUCAGCCACGACUAUGUGAUUGUUCCUAUUAAUGAAAGCGCUCACUGGUACUUGGCAAUAAUUUGCAACCUGACUUCUUUGGAUAAAUCCAAAGAAGAUGAUACUCAGCCCGAGCCCGAGCCACAGCCAGAGACAGAGCCAGAGACUCCGUCGCAAAGCGUGCCUAUCCGAUCCAAACAGGUGGAGGAGAUACCAGAAACUCCACCCGAGCGAGCAGCAACCCCCGAACAGAGCGCCCGCGAGUCGUUUGCCUCGAUGAAGAUAUCCAAUUCACUGCCAAGUUCGCAGCACGGAGAAGGCCAUAAUUCCGAAGAGGAUUUUCCAGAGAAUGAAGAGGACCAAGUCUCCCGCCCUGCGGAAUUCCGAAACGGCGAACCCUCUAGCACUACGGAGCCAAGCAAGAAAGAUGACGAUAAAGGAAAGAAAUCAAAGCGGAAGGGACCGAUUCUUUCUGCUGAUCAACCCACUAUUGUCACCUUCGACUCUCUGGGAGCAGCAAGGCAACCCGCGAUCAGGAUCUUGCGAACGUAUCUAUUGGAGGAAGCCGUUUCCAAACGAUCUCUGAAUGUUGAUGCCAAAGAUAUCAAGGGCAUGACCGCCAAGGAAAUCCCUCUGCAGCCAAACUUCUCCGACUGCGGUCUGUACUUGCUUGCGUAUUUGGAAAAGUUUGUGCAGGAUCCUGAUACUUUUGUGCGGAACCUUCUUCAGAAACAAAUGAGUGCGGAAGACGACUGGCCAGCAUUGAUUUCAGGACGGCUGCGGCGACGGCUUCGCAGCUUCCUUUUCAAACUCCAGGAAGAGCAAGAUGGCUCUAGUGAGGAAAAAUUGGUUGACGCAAAUCCUAUAUCAUAUCUCUUGGGCCCUUCAAGGGUUGAUCAAAGUGAGGGCCCUAUACAACCUGCUUCAUCUGAAGGGCCCGAGGUCGUGCCAGAGACUCUCCAAGAAGUGACUGGAGAUCUUCAGCACGAAAAUUCGGCGGCAGAUUUGGGCGAGCCUGAAGUCGUCCAAGAAACUCAGUUGGCUGAACUUCAGAAAGCUGAUACAACAAGUGAACCUCGGGAAGAUUCCGAAAAGGUAGAUUCAGAGAUUGAUCAACCACAGACUGGUCAACCAGCAGCGGGAAACCAAGAUGACGAAGAUGUGGUAGAAAUGGUUCAAGAGCCACAGACACCCAAACGCAGAGCUGCCACAAGGUCGGAGAAAUCCACUCCCAAGAGCCAUUCCUCGCCAAAAUCUGCACGAAAGGCAAAAACGGCGGAGGAUCCUUUGUCAGAGGCUACCCCGCCCCCCGAAAAUACAAAAGAUGAACAGACCAAUCGUGACAACGUAUGGGACGAGAUGCUCGAGUUCAUCAGCGCUGACGCGCCUCCUCCGCCCAAGGUCAAGAUGGAGGUACAAGUCCCCAAGGUCCAAGUGCCGGGGACACCGCCAUCGGCUAAGAAGGCCAAAAAAGCCGUGCAAAGCCCUCGGCAGUUGAAGCCAAAGAAGAGGGGAAUAUAA